AUGAAGAAGAAUCCGGGAUAUAGCUGGAUUGAGAUCAGUAAAAGAGUUCAUGUGUUCCGUGCAGGAGAUGAUUCAGGUCCUCAGUGUGAAGCCAUUCAUAAGUCACUGGAGGUGCUUUACAGUCUGAUGGCUAAAGAAGGGUACGUUCCGGAUCCAAGGGAAGUGUCUCAGAAUGUGGAGGAAGAGGAAGAGAAGAGACGGUUAGUCUGUGGGCACAGUGAGAGGCUAGCGAUUGCGUUUGGACUGUUGAACACAGAAGCAGGGACGCCAUUGCAGGUGAUGAAGAACCUUCGUGUCUGUGGUGAUUGUCAUGAAGUCACGAAGAUGAUAUCGAAGAUGGUGGGACGUGAGAUAUUGGUGCGGGAUGCUAAUCGGUUCCAUCUUUUUAAAGACGGAACUUGUAGCUGCAAAGACCGGUGGUGA